UGUGGGAGCAACAUGGUGGUUCCCCUGCUGGACUGUUGAGAAACAUCCUGAAGGGGAAUUUCUUCACUUGCAGGAUUUCUGCUAAUUUGUCAGUCGGCUGAGCGUCAGUAUGGACGGGACCUAUGUCAGGCACGUGGAGCUGUUGGGCUUCGAGAAACGUUCGUUCCCGAGUCAGCACUACGUGUACAUGCUGAUGGUGAAAUGGAGCGACCUCUCUGAGAAGCUGAUCUACAGGACAUAUCCUGAGAUCUACACCUUCCACAAAUCUCUGAAGGAAAUGUUUCCCAUCGAGGCCGGUCAGAUAGAGAAGAAGGACAGAAUCAUCCCGUCACUACCAGCGCCGCGAUGGCUGUACAGCCAGAAGUCCCCAGAAACCAGGCAGAGCACCUUGGCCGAAUACUUCCACUCAUUGAUCAAUCUGCCGUCUCACAUCUCCCGCUGCAAACACCUCGGCAGCUUCCUCAAGGUUCGACCCGAGGACGAAAACCCACCGGCCCCAAACACACUGAAAAGAAACGAGACGUUUGUGGUGUCCAGAGAGUUGGCCAGAGGCAACGCAUCCGAGAUUUCCGGCCCCAUCAUACUGGACACCUACAGAGUGGUCGCAGACUUUGCCAAGACGUCCAAACAUGAGAUCGAUCUGCACACUGGAGACCUAGUGGAAAUCGUUGAGAAAAAUCAGAACGGUUGGUGGUUCUGUCAGUGUGAGUCUAAACGAGGCUGGGUUCCUGCGUCCUACCUGGAGCCUCUGGACGGACCCGAGGAGGCCGAGGACGCUGAGCCAAACUAUGAAGGAGAGCUGCACGUCACCAUCAAAGCCUACAAGGCGGAGCAGGAGGACGAGAUCUCUCUGCAGCUCGGUGAAACCGUGUCGGUCAUUCACAGGCUGCUGGAUGGCUGGUGGGUCGUUAGGAAAGGAGACGAGACCGGUUAUUUCCCCUCCAUGUUCCUGCAGAAGGCCGGCAAGAGAGAGAGAUAUGAGGCAGAGAGGGUGAACCUGCAGGGACAGAAACCUCCACCUCGCAGGUCCACCAUCCGAAAUGCCAAGAGCAUCCACAACAAGGCUCGUAAUCGGCUCAGCCAGGACGCCUACCGCAGGAACAGCCGCCGAUACCUCCAGCAGAAGGGCAGCCGCCUCGCAGAGCCCAAAGGGAACUCCAAGAAUGCCACAAAGUCACCGCUGACAGAGAGGAAGAACCAGGACAACAUUCCCGAGACGUCUGGCUCCAGUUCGGAGGGCGAGCUGAAGAAGGAGGCUCCGGUCAUACCCCCCCGGCCCAGUGCGGAGCUCAUCAUGGAGCGCUGCAGCGACAACACCCGCAAGAAAGUCAGCAUCCACAAGUCACGCCCCGCCUCCGCCAGCUAGGGACUUAUCACAUGUUGUAAAAGUCUCAAUGAAAGUGCUGUUUUCUUCUUUAACUGGGCUCAAAAUGGCGGCACCUGCUUGCUCAGCUCCACCUCACUGUUAGCUGCUGUGUUCAUGUGAGAAAAACAAGCUGCAAUAAAGCUAGCAGAAAGUGAACGUACUCGGUCACAAUGUUAUACGUUUUUAUAGUGAGAAAAUUAUUAUGUUUCUGUUUGUGACUUCUGUGUAGAAGCUUUUAGAUCUAUUUCCAAGCAUCUGUAGAACUUUGGUUUUAUUUAUUUGCUUAAUAAAUGUAUAAAAUAAUUAAAGAAAAUGUUUAUUCCUGCAGUCUUUCCUUAUGUUAUGCUGGGUUCAGAAUACACAAUAUUUUUGUCUGUUCCAACAGUCUCUGUGUCAGAUUAGGAGGUUGUGGAGUCAUUAAAUCUCGCUGUGACUUGGCCGACUGACAUGACUGACUACACAUUGGUCUGCGACCAAUUAUUCCUGGUUGUCUUUCACAACGUGUGUGAUGUCAUCGGAUUAUUCUCGUCCUAUUAUUAUUAUUAUUAGUAGUAGUAGUAGUAUUAUUGUUAUUGUUAUUAUUAUUUCAGUCACUGUGUUUGUUCAUGUUUGAGCUGAGCUGUUACUGUGGUAACAUAAAAAGUGUCACCAGGUGGGCGGAGCUACAUUUGAAGUACCGCAUGCAAACUAUGACAGUCACUGAAUCCACCACAGGAAGUUCUACCAAAUGUUUCACAAUAAAAGCCUUUUUAGAAAAUGAA